UUUGUACAAGAGUCAGGCGGUUUUUUGGAAGACUGAAGCCGAAUUAACAAUGUUAUAUACAGAAUUAUAGCUUAUAUAUGUGUGUAAUUCGUCGUUUGUAGCAAGUUAUUUGUCGUUACCACUUGGUUGUGCGGUCUGCACGCGCGUGUUAGUGGAAGCAAGUUUUGAACAGCUAGCAUGCCAUCCAACAAUAGUUUGAGUGGCAUAGCUCACCUGCUACCGACCGUAGCCAGCUAACUAAUGUUUUUAGGUCAUUUAUUUAGUUUGUUAGAUACCUAGUUAGAUAUCAAACUAACAACUUUGCCACUGCACAUGAUGAAUGUUCGCAAACUUUAGAGGUGUUGUCUUCAACACUAACUUUCAAGGGAUAAGUAAGGAAAAGCUAACAAGUUGCUCAACACCACACUAAGCUGGCCUUUGAAAUGAUGGCUGGUGUGGUUGCCAUGGCAUCUGUCAUUGAAGACUUUGACACUCAGUCAUGCAAGAAAUCGUGUAAAGAUUCUGACUCACCAGCUGUCAAGACAAUUGCAAACUACUUCUCACCGGUGUCCAAGGCAAUGGAGAAACACUUCUCCCCACCCAGGUCCAACAACAUCAUGAAUUACUUCAGCCGGAAGACUCCUCCAGUUAUAGAGAAAGGGAGUACCGUCGAGCAGACUAAGGAGAACCAACUGGGACCCCAGUCCACUAAAGCACCUGCCAGAAUAGACAGCCCGGUAACACAGCCUGCAAAUCCUCCUCAGAAACGAGGCAGAAAGCCCAACAAGGCUGCCCGGGAGUUACAUGUGCUGGAUGCUGAUGCAGGCUCAACUCAGACAGAGGACUAUGUAGUGUUAGACUGUCCAGGGGACUGUGAGGGGUCAGAGGGCAAGCCAAUGAGCAGCUGCUGUGGCAUUCUGGGUAGUGACACGGCUGCCUUGCUUGCCCAGUUCAGUGCUGAUGUUGGUAUGGCUGGAGGCGCUGUGGAUGACAAUGAAAUUGAAUGUCUUAAGAAGGCUCAAAAAGAUAAACCCCUGAGGGUGGAUUCAAAAAAUGAGAUUGAUACUAAGAAAAAGGAAAGUUGUGGCAGUUCUCCUAAAAUCCAUUGGAGAGGCAAGGUGAAACGUCAAAAACCUGCUCCAGAAAAGAAAACAUGUAUUAAGGCAAAAGCUAAGCAGCAAGAAGAGGAAAAAGAUACAGAGGAGUGUGCGCCAGAGGUUCAGGAGUCUCAGCUGUCCUUGUGUGAUGCAAGCAUGGAGGUGAACCCUAGUGAGGAGUCUCAGCUGAAUGGCAGCACUGUCACCAUCUCCUUUAAGGACUUCCUGCAGAGUCAAGAGGAGGAGGAGGAGGUGGAGGAGGAGCAGCAGCAAGUGGAGGAUGAAAGCAAAGUCGACCCAACGACAGAAAAGGAUGACCUGGACAAGUGGGAUGAACCCAAAGCCAGUAAACUGCAUCUCCAGCAGAUAUCCCCUCCAACACUCACCGUCCAAGCUGAGGUGCACUCCAUUUCCCCUGGCCUUGAGCCAGUCCGAGUCACAGAGAGAAGGGUGGCCUCCAUCUUCUCCAGGGGAAAAGGAGUGGGCAUCUCAGCAGCUGUAGAGAUGAAGUCAGCGCCCUCUCCUUGUUCACAAUCUAGACGGGAUCUACUGACGGCCCCAAGGUGGAGGUCCAAUGUGGUAAUGCAGGAGGAAGACUUGGAGAUUGACGUUGUCGAGUCUGAAUCCUCACCCAAGUGCAACCAGAUUGAGAGAAAGCAGUUCAUGAGUGCCUUCAAACAACCAGCCAAGCCUGGCAAGGGCCCAGGGAAGCAGCCUGCGGACAAGGCCUCUCUGGAGGCUGCCGAGGACGGGCCCGAUUCGUCUGUCCCAGUGGAAGACCCGCCAGGUAAUAAAACAGCCAAGAAGAUAUGUCCCAGGCGAGGGAGGACGAAGGCCCUGGAGGAGGGGGCAGUUCCUCCCCCUGUGACAAAACAAGGCCCUGUGCCAGUGGAGACCGUUAGGGCAAAGACCGAUGCUAAACCUGACGCAGAGUCCCCCACGUCCACCCCAACAACUGUUAGGAGGUCCCCCAGGGAAGGCCCCCGCAAGAAGACCCCUGUGGUCAAUCAAACUGCCCCAGUGGUGAAAACAAAAAAAGAAAUGGGGAAAGAUGUUGCUGCUGUCACCGAGGACUGCCUGUUUCAGAUGUCCACCCCAAAGUCUCACAAGUCUAAACGCAGGGUUUUCAGAGCACAAAUGGUUUGUCCACCAGACGAUACAAGAAGUCCCAUCAGGAUGAAAUUUACCAGAGUAUUCCCAAGCACUAUUUCUGCGGGUGGAAUUGAUUUAACUUCGAAGGAAUCAAGUGCGUCCAAGAAGAGAAAAAAGGCUAAGAAGUUGGUAGAGAAAGCCCGGGCAAUGCAGCAGAGUAAGAAGGCCGCUGUGCGUAAGGAAGAUCAGAGCUCCUCACGACGCUCCUCUCGUAGCCAGGUUUCCAUCAAGAAAAGUUACAACACAGAUGAGGACUCGGUGGUCUGCCUGGAGGAAGAAAGCCAGGAUGGCUUGGCUCAGACGGGCAAGGGGAAGAGCAGAGUUGAGAAACGUAGUCUUAACGAUGUCUUGGGGAAAAAGGCACCCGCUAGCAAAGAGGCAAAGAAUUCAGCAGCUGUGGCGCCCAAAGUGGCACCCAUGUUCCUUGGAAAAAAAGCACAGAGGACAUCAGUCACAUCCAUCUUUGAUGACAGCAGCCAUGAUGGUUCUGACAACUCUCAAGACGAUGAGCAGUUCAGAGCCCGCAGGGAGUUCCUGAAGAGUGGCCUCCCAGAGUCCAUUAAAAUGCAGAGGGCCAAGACUGCUGCCAACAAGGAGGCCUACACAGUGUCCUGCUCCUCCUUCCAGCCUGUAGUGCACGUCCUCCAGGCGCCACAGGACUGUCCUCUCUGGAAUCUUCCAUGGCCUGUCUCUCCUCUCUUACACUGCCUUAAGAAGCUUCCUAGUCUUCCAUCAAACCAGCUUCCAUCUCGCCCUGGUUUUGAUUUCUUUAAGACUGAACCAGCCUCCAGAGCUCACUGUGAAAGGGGGUCAGGUUUCAGAGAGGAGUUCUCCGAGCCCACCCGUAAGCUGCUGAUGGGGGAGAUCAGUGCGUCCAACCCUUCUUUUCCAGUCCAGCGUUUUUUCACCCGCUUCCUGAAGAGGCGGGGUGACCACCUCCAGCAGUGCACCACCUCAGAUCCAGAGUGUGUCACCCAGGUCCCUGGUGCCCCGGCAUCAGCAGAGCCUUCGGGGGGGAAAAGGAAGAGGGUGGAUGAGGGUGACGGGGCAGUGGGGAAGGUGGCCAAGAAGCUGAGGUCCCGUAGGUCCGAUGAAGGCAAGAAUAUGGAGGUCAAAGGAGAGACCGCAACCCCCGAACUGGAGCCACCAAGGAGAGGGGGGCGUGGGAGGAGGCGCAAGCAGGAGGAGAAGGAGAAAGAAGAGACAAAAACUUUACACUGCUCUGAAACGGACCCUGUGAUUGUCCUGGAGGACUCCCCGCUGGCUGACAACCCUGUGGCCGUGGCUGACUUUGUAAAAGAAGACGUGUUGUGGACAGAGAAGUACCAGCCACAGCACUCCAGUGACAUCAUAGGAAACACUGCCUCCGUUAGAAGGCUGCACAGUUGGCUGAAAGAAUGGAAGCUCAGAGCUGACCGGGAAGAGAGGAAAAAGCAGAAGGAAAAGAAACAGGAGGAAGACAGCAAUGACUCCUGGGACACCGAGGAUGUGGAUUCUCAGGAGGGGGAGGAGCUAAUACCCUGUAAUACCCUGCUGAUCACUGGUCCCACGGGGGUGGGCAAGACCGCUGCCGUUUACGCCUGUGCCCAUGAGCUCGGCUUCAAGGUGUUUGAGGUAAACGCUUCAUCCCAGCGCAACGGCCGUCAGAUCCUGUCCCAACUGAAGGAGGCCACCCAGUCCCACCAGGUGGACAUCCAGGGGGUCAAUGCCAACAAGCCAUGCUACUUCAACAGCUUCAGCAGCAGAGCUGCAUCCUCACCACGAAAGGUGAACUCUCCUGGAAGGGUGGUGUCCUCUCCCAGGAAGCCCCCCCAGUCCCCACGUGGUGUCAAGAGAGGAAGCCUGGCUCCCACUUCCCUAGCCAACUUCUUCAAAACAGGCAGACCUGGUCCCACUAACAAGGAACCUACCAGUGCCAGCAAAAUCAAGAAGCAGCCAUCAGCGGCUCCCAAGAGGACCAGUAAAGCCCAAGAGAGCUCCAGUAAGACUAAAGAACCUCAGACGGACCCAUCAGCACCCACAGUCACCAAGGUCUCCUCGGUCCCCAGUGAUGAGCAAAGCAAGAAGACCGCCACCUCGCUUAUUCUCUUUGAGGAGGUGGAUGUCAUCUUUGACGAUGACUCUGGGUUCCUGGCCGCCAUCAAAACGUUCAUGACCACUACCAAGAGGCCGGUGAUUCUCACUACCAGUGAUCCCACCUUCUGUAACAUGUUUGACGGCUACUUUGAGGAAAUUAAUUUCAAAACGCCCUCCACGGUGAAUGUGAGCAGCUACCUCCAGCUGCUGUGUCUGGCUGAGAACAUGCGUCUUGACGCCGGUGACAUCUCCUCUCUGCUCCACCUAAAUGGCUGUGACAUACGCCAGAGUCUCAUGCACCUGCAGUUUUGGAGCCGCUCCGCAGGGGGGCGACCGCUUCCACGUCCACUCCAGUGUUCAACCCCCACAGAACGCCAGCCAACAGCGGAACCAGUGGUGAGGGCUGAGGAGUGUGAGCGGCUGACCCCGGGAGAACCUCUGCCCCGCUGUGACACGGGCUGCACCGAGAACGUAUUGGGGCUGUUCGACAUGGAGCCGCGAAGGGAUCUGCCGGACCUACUCAAGAGCCCGUCUGCAGUGGAGCCAGCCUGCUGGGAGCUGCUGACCACCAGCCGGAGGAGAGGACUGGAUCUGCUCUACUCCAACAUGGAGGCCCUGCUUCCCCUACCCACCACACACCUCACUGUCACAACCCAAAGAACGCACCAGGAAGUGAAAAACCGUCCAAAAGAAGAGCCCAGCGCGGAUCCACAGGAUGUUUCCCCUGGUAUUGGUAGUGUGAAGCCAGAGACUGAUUCAAUGCCACAGAAGCCCAGCAGUGACUUGCUACAACAGGUGGUGGGGGGGUCCGAGACGGACGAGAGCCCCGUGAAGGUGUCCUCCAGGGUGAAGAGGAGGAAGAAGCAGGGUACCCGAAAGGACCAGGACCCGUUUCUCUCCGACUCUGAUUCGGAUGACACCUUCCUCUCCCUCCGCAGACCCUCUCAGGGUGUCCCCCAGGUACAGACCGCCUGGCUGCUGGGGGACAGUCAGGACUUAGCCUCGGUGAAGAGGAGGAGGUUGUCCUUGACUCCAGAGCAGAGGCUGAAGAGCCGGCCGGUGUCCAGCUGCCUGGGCUCCAUGGCCGAGUUCUUUGACCACGUGUCCCUCCUGGACUCCUGUCUCCGCCUCCACGACUCACCUCCACGCGAAGGCAAAGACCUGUACAGGACGUUUGGCCCGAGGGCCCACAUCGAGACAAAAGACGGGAUGACUGACGAGCCCAGGGAGGAGUUCAACACUGGGAGCUGGGUAGUGGGGGAGAGAGCCGGGGAGAUCCAGACUGCGGUGGAGGCUUUGAGCUUUCAGAGGUGCAGGGUCGGGGUGGAGGCGGCAUGGGAUGAAGCCCAGGGUUUGGAGGAGGAGCUUAGGAAGGAGGCUGUGACAGAGCUCACACUCCCUGUGGCUCCACACAGACAAGGUUUCAGACUCACUCAGGAUAGCCUCUGUGAACCCACGGUUCUGCAGAGGAGGAGGGAGGUCCAAGAGGUUCUACCAGCCCGGGUGGCAGGCGCGCUGGGUAACAGACUGGCUGCUGCCUUGGACUUCCUGCCGUGCCUCCGGGCCAUCUGCAGAUCAGAGACGCUAAAGGAGCAGGGCAAGGUGAAACGCAGGUUCCUUCACUACCUGAACGCCAUUCACCUGGACCUUCCAAAGAACACCCUACAACACCUAGCAGAAGCCUUCCCAUGAACUGGAGACUAGUGUUUGUCAAAUAGGGAGUUGAAGGACAUGCAGGUCAGACAUUUGAGGCUUGAUAUAUGAAUAUCAAUGCUUAGAAAUCAACCUGAUCAUUUGCCUCAGGACCUCAUUAACAUGCAUUAUGUACCUCUGGCCUGUGAUGAGAGCUGCAACUCUGUUUCCCUUGGCAAUAUCUAUUUGUACUGUACAUUUAUAUAAAAAGAGUUUGUUUUUA